AUUUUUACUGCUUUGAAAGGUGCUCAAGACAACGAAAAAGGCGGGUUCAAGAAGCUCCACGUUGAUAUACCUGACAAAUUCAUGGGUGUUGUCAUCGGAAAAGGAUAUGAGACGUUGAACAAUAUCUCAACUAAGACUGGUGUAACUCUAAAAGCCUUCUGGGGCAGCCCUGGCCUGUACUUCAAAGGAUCAAGAGAGGGCGAAAAAAAAGCAAUACGAGAAAUAAAGGAAAUUGUGAAUCUUGCAAUGAAACGUUCACAGAACGUUAAACCUCCAGCAAGGUUUGUUUAUGUGGACACUGCUCAGCUGGAAGAAAACCACGAGUUUGAGCUGCAGGCGUUACAAUCAGAUCAAGUCACCGGCUAUGAAAAUAAGUCUUACCAACUGAAGCCACUGGAACAUCCUUUAGGAAAGGAAACAGAUGAUUUUGCUGACACGGACCGUCUGAAAGAAAAGAUCCGCGGAGUUUUAAGGCAAAUUCACAAAGACAAGGAGGAAGGGGGCAAGAUUAAGAUAGACAUGAAGAGUCGUUUCGGUCACGCCUAUAUAACCAAGAUUGAUGAAGAAGAAGAGAAAGAUACUUUUACUCUGAAGGAGAUCAAAGAAAGAGUUGAAUCUACGUAUGGCAAGAGUUGGAAGCCCUUCUUCAAGGCAGGCGUCUUAAGAAUAGAAGUUGAGGAAAUUGAGAGGGGCCUUGAAUCUUUCACAGCAACUGACGAUAUCAGAUAUGACUUCACAUUCUACACUCCUUCUUGCCGAGAUAUUCGUGCUAAGGUAUGGCUGGUGGAGGAACAUUCUGAGGACGAGGGUGCCACGGCUCCUUCGCUAAUGUUCUCUCGCAAUGCUCCUAUUCCUGUCAAAAGCGUCUUGACUCGUGUGUCAUCCGAAGACGAGACCGGAAGUACAUCGAACGAACCAUGUUUCCAUAUGUGUUCUCAGUUUCAGCAAAGAAUGAGAGCAGACAUUUUGAUACCUUCUAAAGGAUUUGACUGCCGUUUGUCAAUAAGAACAUAUCCAAAUAUUCCGCAGACACCGGAGGCUGAAGAGGAAAACAGAAUUCUUGAAAGUUACUUGAUGAACAUGAAGAUUGAUCAAGGUCAAUUGAAGUUACCACCGAACUCCGAGAUUCCAAAUGGAUUUGACCUUUUUUACCAGCGUCGCAGUCUGAGAAGAACAUACCAGUGCAGAACGACGGAUGGAGAAAAGUUUGCUUUGACCGUUUGUAAAGACCAAGCUAAAAACGUGAAUACUGAUCACAGUGAUGUAGGGAGCUUCGACGAAACAGAAGUAAAGACGGACAUUCAUCUGCAUUGUAAAGAAUGGGAUGAAGCUUUUGAUGAAGGAGCCUGGGAACCAGAGCAGAUCGUUGCUAAGCUACCGAAGUUCUUAAAAUUCCUGAGACAAGUUCAGUCCCACGUGGCCCCACAUGGAGAGGCUAUAGGAGACUAAGUUUAGCCAAAAGCAAUUUAAGAGCAAGAUUAAAUCUAUGAUACGUAUAGAGAUCAAGAACUAAAAUGUGAUAGAUUAACUAAAUGUGAAUGCUCUUCAAUCCACGGCUAAAGAAGACGUCAUUACCAUCCUACGCAACACGUGCUUGGUGCAAGGAUGCAACAACACAACUUUGGGCGCCUCAUGGACAGUGGAAAACAUGUUCUUUAAAUUUGUAAAUACAAAAAAACAACUGAAAUUAAUAGCAAGAAAGGCUCUACUUUUUGAGAUAGAGUAUUUUUGUAAGAGAAGUCAUCCAGUCACACACAGGAGAAAAAAACUCUGUUUAUCUUUCCUGUAGUACUUACGCGCCGUUUCUAAUUUGAUUUUAGUGAAUUUGUACAUCCUAGAAUGUAAAAAUCCUAACAGCAUUUAAUUGCACCAUCAAAGCUUGAUGUUUUGAGAAAGAGUAUAGAUAAUGUUUAUAUAAGGUGUGUGCCACCCUGACAUGGUUUGUUUAAUGGCCCAGUUAAAAACUAAAUACAAUGAACUGAAUAACAAAAAAAAAAAAAGAAAAAAAACAGCAUAUG